AUGACAGAAUCAUCCGUAUAUCAAGUCAAGCGUGGUACGGAUGUUGGCUCCAUGUCUCUGACGGACGAUCAGCUGUGUUUCAAGCCCAAAAAUGCCAAGGAUUUGCCCGAAACCAACAUUGCCUGGAGCGCCAUCACCAAACACCAAGCCAAUCCACCCAAAAAUCAAAAGGCAAUGAUCAAAAUCACCGCCAAUGACGGUUCGACCGUCAUGUUUCAAUUGAAAAAUCGAACCCUGCUCGACAAACUCGUGGCCGAGAUCACACUGCGAUUGGAAGAGUCGAAUUCAAUGAAUCAACAACAACAAUCCAGUAGUAAACCAGAGGAUGAUGAGGAAAAGGAAAAUGCUCCGACGACGAAUAUUGGUGGUGACACAACCACUACCUAUUCCAAUGUGACGUUCAAUUCCACUACCGGAAUCGUCACACUCUCGGCGGAGAAGCUGGUAUACGAGCAAGAGGGCGGAAAAUCAUUGACCAUUCUGUGGGCCAAAGUGGACAAACACCAAGCCAGUCCUCCCAAAAUUGCAAAGGCCAUGCUCAAAGUGACACUUGCAUCCGGGAAAAAUCACACCUUUCAGUUGCCGGAUCGGAAGGAAUUGAAAAAGUUUACCGAGGAUGUCGACCAGCGAAUAAAGCAAUACAAGCAGAACAACAGCAACAGCAAACCAGAGAAAAGUGACAAGGAAGGUAGCAGCAUUGAUGAUGGAGCAAAUGGCGAAAUUUCAGAGAAGCAAGUAACCAAGUCAGCAGCUGACGAAACAGAAACAGAAUCAGACAGCAACAAACACAACGAUGACGGAAUCGAGGACGAGGGAAAACAAGAUCCAGGCCAAACCACCGGAGAUAGCAUUGCUUCGAAAGACACAGCAGGAGAAGACAAGAAUUCGGAAGAACACACGGAACGGCGGACUUCGGGAGAAAAAUCAAAAGAGUCUUCCGAUCACAAUUCAAGUACCAUCCCUUCGAUCGAAACAAAGCAUAGUUUGGAGGAAUCCACAAGCAGCGAUGAUGAUCAUCAAAUGGACGACGAUUCAGCCACAAGGCAAGAGGGGAACAACAAUUCAACAAAUGAUGCGGAUGAGACGGAUGAGACGGACGACACUGGCGUAGCUUCCCUCACCCGUGACCCUAGUUUCGACUUGACCGAGACCAGUUCCGCCGAGGAAGAAAUUCAUCUAGAGGAAAGCGAUUCGAUUGAUGAUAGCGACGACGAGGACGACGAUGGAAUAACUUCGCCGUUUGAAACUGCGGCUCCACAAUCUACAGAUGCGCCUUCGAUUGCCGCCUUAGGAGCAUUAAUUGCUCUAGAACCACACAAUCCAAAUAUCGACGAACCGGACAGCUCGGAUGAACAAGACGAAGAGCCGGGGGGUGCUUCUCCACCGGAAAUAGCAGCCAACGGGGAGGCUGGGGAUGCCGUCACGGAAGGACCAGAGAUGGAUAUUGAGGAUCUUAUCGGUCCUGACAGACGUGGCAGUGAAGGAAAUCUUUCUUUGGCCGAUAGCAUUGAUUCUCUUAGUGACAGCGAUCCUUUCCUGAACUCGUUUAAAGGGAGACGACAAAGUGAUGUGGACAUGACAGGGGAAAUUGUCAUCGACGAUGGAAUUGAUGCCUACACCGACGAGACAGAUCCGAUGCUUGACAUUGGCGAUGACCUAGCGGGGGACGAUAACAUUGAAUUCGACUACAGCGACGAAGAAAUGCGGCAGGGGCAAGCGGCGACAUACAGCCAAGUCGUUUUCCCAACUGACGACGCUAGUCUCUCGGAUUCCGACUUGAGUGUCGAGAUGGUUGAACUGGCGCGUGGCGAAAGCUUUGGGGAUGCUUCUGUGGAAAAUUUUGAAAUUGAGGAUGAAUUCCCCCCCGACGAUCUUCGCGGAGGCUUUGGGGAAGCUUCUACGGAAAAUUUUGACAUCGUCGACGAAAUUCCUCCCGACGAUGAUUAUGACGCAAUCCUAGAAGGAGAUGAAUAUCUUGAGGCC